AUCCCCAGCCAUUGGUACCGGUAUAGUACUCCCCACGUCUAUCAGAAAGCAACAUACUUCUCCUGCGGGUCUCAUGCACUGGGCCUUGGCAGCAUAUGCGGACUCGGGAACUUUCCAGGCCUCCAACUUACGCAAUUCCCAGGAUAGAGAUUGUUGCCUCGAACAAUCCAAGGACUCAACUGAAAAAUAGCUUCUCGCACGGGGUGCCAAAGUACUCUAUUCCCCAUCCUGUCCGCAAACGAGAGUUCCCUUGGUACAAACCCUCUUGUCACCCGACCCGCCACAACAAUUCCCCAAGAUGCCCGUCGCCCCCAAGCGGAACAAUGGUCAAGAUCAGUCUCUCACAGCCCUCCUGCGCAACAUCAUCAGCGAAUACCCGGCCGGCGGUGGUGUCCUUCGUGGGCUUUGUCAAAAUGCGGACGAUGCUGGUGCGGAUGCCAUCGAAUUUGUACUCGAUACGCGGCAAUACCCUACCGAGAAUCUCCUCCACGAGGACCUUGCCGACUUUCAGGGAAUCUCCCUUCUCGCAUACAAUAACAAGCCAUUCACUCAAAAGGAUUUCGAGUCCCUAAUACGGAUUGGUGACAGUGGAAAAACCGAGGGUCUUACUUCCACCCGAAGGUUUGGCCGAGGAUUUAACAGUGUAAUUACCAUCCCAGCUACGGCCUUCUCCCAGCACCCGCAUCAUCAAAUCACUGAUUCCCGGGCCUUUAGGUGUAUCACUGGACCGACAACCCAUCCAUACUCUCCGGAACCUCUCUCCUAUUGCUUGACCCUCACAAGACAUGGUCCUCGAAGAUCAGCUUCCCCGGAGGCCCACUUUACGAUUUCGUUGACAACCACGACAAACCCGAGAUGAAGAACCAGCUUUCCGCAUUUGGCGCUAUUUUGAGAAGCCACGAUGCCGCCUUCGACGGGACCAUUAUCCGUCUACCAUUGAGGAGUGAGGCUCAAGCUAUAAGAAGCGGAAUCGUCGAGGAUCAUUUGUCUACAUCGAGAAAAGAUAUCGAAGACAUCUUCGAGUUAUUUGCGAACGAGCUAGAAGAAUCCCUACUCUUCUUGCGCAAUCUACGCUCAAUCACCCUGAGAAUUGACGACACCAUCUUUGCCAAAGCUCGGUCCACCGUCCCGAACGAGACGAAAAACGCCGCUGGAGAGAACCCCGUUAAUGAGGGUUACCGCCAGGUUUUCGUGGAACAAUCAAGAGAGCAUUACGAAUCGGACUUUAUGAUGGAAAUUAGCAUCCUUCGGAGCACUGAACCCGGCACAGAUCCUUCUGAAACUAAGGUCAGAUAUGCGAUAAGUCAUUAUCUACGGGAAUCGGCAGGAGAUGGAAAUCUACAGAAAUGGGCAAGAAACCACAGGCUAUUCCCUUGGGUCGCAAUUGCCAAUCCAUUAGACGUUCGUUCAUCCAACUUUUAAGUAUAUUAUUUGGUCAAAACUAAUCCAACCCCCAGAAAACACCCGGUUUCGGUGGAAGGCUGUUCACUACUCUUCCUCUCCCAAUUCAGACGAAACACCCUGCCCACAUCCACGGAAUAUUCAGCAUUACCCCAGAUCGGUCCAAUAUCCAUUCCGGGGGUGACACCACCAUGAGCUCCAAUUCAGCAACUCGGUUGGGCGCUCAAUGGAAUGAGUGGUUGCUGCACGAGUGUGUGCCACAUGCUUGGGUCCGCAAUCUAGAGUUCAUGAGGAACGAGAACCUUUCUCCUGGUUGGGAUUUCUGGCCUGCAGGGAAACAGGGAGAGUGGGGCCAAUUGUGGAUGGGCAUUUUAGGGACAGUUUUUAAGAGGGUCGUCGAGGAUGGUCUCGAGCUACUGCCAACCUUGAGUGGAAUGGUAAAACCGGCUAAGGAGGUGGCAUUUACCCUUGACAUUCCCGAAGACCUGCAUUCCUCCUUGAGAGAUGCCGGAGCUCGAGUCGUGUUCCCCCCGGCAGACAGAGGGACAGAAAUUGGUGCUCUAGAUCACAAACAAAUGGGCCUCGAAUACCUUUCGCCUUCUACCGCACGGCGCCAUUUGACGACCAUCAAAGACUCUGAUGCACUCCUGAAUCUCGAUAUCAAGUCCCGGACGGUCCUGCUAGAUUAUGUUUUGUCGGAUUGCGGGGUUCAAGAUUUUAAGAGCUGUGAAGCCCCUCUAAUCCCUCUAUCUGAUGGUACUUUUCGGGGGUUGGAAAUGGCCACAUCCCAGGAUGAUCGAAUAUUCAUAGCGAGGGACAGAAUUGAAGAGGACCUCUUUACAAAAUCACCAGAAAGGAUAGUAAAAAUAGGUGCUCUUCCCAAGAAAUCGCGGGCAAUACUCGUGAGACACAUCGCCGAGAUCGAAAAAUGCACCAGAAUCAAGGCAUGGACUGUUGGAGAUGCGGCUCAAUAUUGUUCUUCCUAUGAAUUCGAUGGAAUGGAAGAAUCGAAACCAGUGGUUAAAAUCGAUAAACCUGGGUUCAAUAGUUUCGUUGAGUUGUUCUGGGAGUGGGCCUCCAAGGCUCAGCAUAGGGGAGCUGGAGGGUCUACAUUGGUGAACGCAUUGAAGGAUCUAUGGCUUAUUCCUCUCGGAAGACAGAUGUUUCAAAGGAUCGGAAGUAUCUCCGAAUAUCCUGUCCUGAAUGUGUCGGCGAGCAAGGGAAUUGGCUCAUUUCUAAAGCAAACUGAAUCUGCUCUGGCGAAUCGCUUCAUGCCUGAGAAAAUGCAUCUCUACACGGGAGCUGGGUACCUACACGUUACGCAGAUUCUCCAAGGGCUCGGGAUCAUCAAGGACUAUGACGACCGGGCGUCCCUAAUGAAGUGGCUGGAAGUUACCAUGAAAGUUUUUGCUGAAAAAUUGGAUCGUAACGAAAAAAUGGAAUUAAUACGACACCUAUUUGAUCUGACAAGAGAUUGUUGUGCAUCAGAGAGGUGUUGCAUGGAACCAACAGUUCGGAAGUUGCCCAUAUUCCAGGCAGCGAGCUAUUCGAGCCCUAACGAACGGUUAGUUUCUCUCCUUGCUAGUUUUGGUAGCUGAGCUAACAGAGUCACGAAGUGCUUGGAUCACGAUAGCCAGAGACGACUCCAAUCCUCUAACAACGUAUGUCGGGGUGGGGGACCUGUCAAUCGCACUUGAUACACCUCAACACGUUUUCAUCGACACAAGAUAUCACGAGCUUAAAGGCCUGGUAUCCCACCUACAAUUAUUCAAGUGCCCCUCUAUUUCUGAGGUGCUUGAAGACCACGUCGUUCCCAGGAUCUCGGAAACCGGUACACCCAACGAUAAAAGAAGAAUAGAAUUGAUAGAAUUUGCGUUGAGCCAUUUCGAGUUUCUAUCAGCUGAAGCCUGUUCUGUGCUUUCUACAAAGGAGAUCGUGCCCGUAAGUAGUCAAAAAUUUAGACGGCCCCAGGAUACGGUUUCGGGAAAAUAUGUAGCUGCACUAUAUUUCGAAGGGGAAGAACGGUCUCCAACCAAAAGCUUUGAUUCAGCUUAUCACUCUGCUCUUGUUUGUUUAGGGAUGUCAGAAGGUGUAACCGAUCAAAUUAUAUUGGAAAGAAUUCAUUCCUACAGCAGAUCAGGACGCUCGCCCCGUGAUAUUAAUGACAAAGUAUCCACCUUAUUCCAAAGCAAACCCCCCACUCAGCCACUCAGUAAGGAGUGUAUGGAAUUGUGCUGGAUCCCAGCAAUAAGCCUGGAAGGGGAACUUGGGCUAUUCAGCGCUGGCCAAUGUCGACCUGCAAGUUUCCGACCGUUGUGUAAUUAUUCUAUGCCAGUUAUGAAACUGCGCAUCAGCCAGGCAUGGGAGAACUGGUUGGGAUGGGAUGGUAAGCUGACGGUUGAAUUAAUGAAGAAACAAUUAGAAGGGGCAAUAAGGAAAGAUGAUCGUCCCUCGUUAGCGAGCUUAGCCGAAUAUUGGUGUAAGACUCACCCGCCUGGGGAGCGGGAUUCAACCGGCAAAGAACUGAAACUGAACAUCCGGAAGUGGAUCCCUGGCUCCUCGGGAGGGCUCUUUUCUCCAACCGAAAUCUUUUUCACCGGAGCCACGCAGCUCUCUCCUUAUUAUGAUAAUGUUUGUGAAAGGUUCCUAGAAGCAGAACCAAGCAUCAAACAAUUUCUUACUCAUAUGGGGGUUAAACAAGCUCCGGCAUUUGAACAGGUAACUCGUUUUCUCCUUCUUGUCUAAUUUUGGUUUCCGAAAUGGGUGGCUCUGUUUUCUGACUCAAAGGUUCUAGUUGAAAGAGCUACAAGAUAGAAUUGCAGCCGAGGGACCCCUUUCAGCACAGGCCCUAGAAGUAGCACUUUAUAUCGUGGCACAAGUUGCAAAGCGGCAUACUAGGAAAAAGCGCCAAAAUUUAAUAUUAGACCUCAAGGCUCCUGAUCAAGAUGGGUUCAUGCGGACAUUUCGAGAACUCACCACGGGCUAUAGUGACAUACCUAUUUCCCUGGAAAAUAGGCCAACACUACACCCGAGAAUCCCGGAAUCAACAAUAAGGGGACUUGGAUUACCUACCGUGGAAGAUAGGAUUCUCGCAUCUUUCAACGACCCAUGCUUCGAGCAAGACUUCUCCCAAACACAGAGCCCCAAGGCCGUGAUCCGAGAUACCUUACAACGGUACAGUGUGGAAAGCACGUUCAGCGAGUACUUGGCCAACGCGGAGGAUUGCAUGGAUGAAGAGGGCAAAACUGCAACCCGAAUCGAUUGGAUGAUUGACCACUCCACUGAAUACCCAACGGAGAAAUUGAUAACUCAGGAGCUCGAGGCCGUUCAAGGGAAAGCUCUAUUUUGCUACAAUGAUGGUGGUGGGUUCCAAAAUGGGGGCGGCGUUUGUCCAGACAUUAAAGCAUAAUACUAAUAGCUGCCUAGUGUUUACCGACGAGGACUUUAAGUCCAUCAUUGAUGUUGGAAUUGGGUCGAAGGGCCUCGACUACUCUAAGAUUGGCAAAUUCGGAGAAGGGGCUUUAACGAUGUAAGAUCAUGGUCUAAUUGUAAACAGAUUCAUGCUCACACUACUUGGUCCCUAGGUAUCAUUGGACAUCCGCACCUAGCUUUGUUUCUGGGGAUUUCUACGUGAUAUUCGAGUAGGUAAACAAAAUUCACCAGUUCACUCACGCACACUAAUAAUCAAAGUCCCGAGAAUUGUUUUCUGCCACCUCGCCCCCUCACGGGCAAGCCACGCGGUGGGUUGAAGCUUAGAAUUCGAGAUGUUCAAGCCCACUGUAGGUCCCACCAGCCUAAAUUUAUCUGAUAACAACCUUACGAGACCCAAAACUGACAUAAAUAAGGUCCGGAUCAAUUGAAACCCUUUGAAGGAGUAUUCGGCUUUUCCGCAGCUUCCCCGAGAUUUGAAGGAACAAUUUUCAGAUUCCCGUUUCGUGGACUUGCGGACAAAUCUGUGCUAUCCUUAAGAAACAUCACCCCAAUAGAAACAUGCUCUUAUCUCGACAACUACAAAGAGAAGGCAAGGAUAUCACUGUUAUUUCUCAAGCAUGUCUCAUCCAUAUCUUAUUGGCAAAAAGGGUUACUGGAACCAAUCUGGACCGUCUCAGCAUCGUCAAAGCCGUUGCGGACAAUUGGAUCCACCAGGAUAAACGAGGUGGAAAUCACCGUGAAAAGCCUUGGACUGGUACAGGUUCCCGGGCCCUUGGGUUCCGCAGAGAAUGACAAAUGGUGGACAAUUGAGGGAUCCACCGAAGAGCAACAUAUCCCAGCGGAGUUAGUUGAGAUGGCGGAGUACAACAGACUUGAAGCCACAUAUGGACUUGCAGUUCCAAAUCGCGCUCAGGCCACUUGUUGUUUUAUGGGACUUCCCCUGCAAAUGAAAUAUCCCCUAUCCCUCCCAGUUAGCAUUAAUGCGGUAAGUCAAGGGACUCUCACACUCCCGGGGAAAGAAAAUCGAGUGCUAAUUCUCACUUCGAAUAAUGUCCCAGAAUAUGGCCUUGCAGAGUGACAGACAAACACCCAUAUCUGAAGAGAAGAAUGGUCCUCAUGAGGGCUUGGGGUGGAACAAUUGGAUUUUUAGAGAGGGUAUUGUACCUCUUUAUCUCCUGUUCCUACGACACCUCAUGAAGCUUCAUGGGACAAGUGGCUACCGUUUUUGGCCGGCCCCACCCUCGGAGCUCAAAAAUCCCGACCACAUAUCUUUGACUAUUUCAACCAAAUUUUGGAAAAAGGCGGGCGAGAGCUCUUUUGAUUUACACCCUCGAGUACCCCCUUCCCUUUUUACACCACGGAGAAUCAAAUUACAGACAACCGAAAAUCUCAGCAUCAAGAAAGCUAUUUUCAACUUUCUAAGUGCAGAACAGAACCAAUUUAUAGUACCACUCCUCAUGCAACUAGGUAUUAUGAAUAUGGUAAUACCUUCCCUUACUGUCGCGAAGGGGUUAAUAGAAGCUACCUCGGAGAAAGUACCCAUAUUAAUGGUAACUCCGGCGUAUGUUCGGGAUUUACUUCGCAACCCAGCGCAAUGCAAACUGCUCCAAGACCAUUGGGAGAAAGACCCAGGGAGCCGGGCGAGCAACAUCAACAAGUUACUAUCCUUCCUGUUACAGGAUACAUCGGACGAUUGCUUGACCGGAUGCUCACUUCUACCGCUCCACGACGGGUCCUGGGGAACCUUCUCACCACGGUCAACUUCCCAGAUUCAGUACCUGACCUCGAUAACUUCCUUAGAGCGUAGCAUCCUAGAAGUCGAGGGUGGGAGGCUAGUUUCCCAAGAUCUUGAGAGACCUGUGAUUGAAGGAUUGUCAAAGAAGGAGAUAAACAUCUCUCUACUAAGUUUCGAUCAUAUAGCCCAGUUAUGUAGGCUGGUGGAGUCAAAAGAUCCUCAAUACCGAAGGACCUGGCUUGCUAACGUAUGGGAAUAUUUUGAACAAUGUGUCAUCAAAGAUCCCGCCAACAAGGAUCGGUAUCUCAAAUCCAUCGAAUCAUUACCGGUAUAUUCCGGAUUAGUCGUGGGUGAACCAGAUAGCCUGCGGUUUCUUACUCCUUUGAGUUUUGUUUCUGGAGAACUUCCAGCGAUCGUCGAUCCUUUUACUCCCUCCCUGGGAGGGGGAAUAUCAACACUUCUUCGGUCGCUAAAUGGCUUAAUAUUAGUAAGUAAAGCCACAUUUCCCACAACACAAGUGUUCGCCGAGCCGGUAUACUCGUUACAAGGUGCCCGUCGCCUUAUCAAGGCUAUCGGCUCCCUUCCUUUUACGAUACCUACGAUCCAUUCAUUAAGUCAGGUCUUCUCGGGUGUGCCCCCAGAAGGCAUUGAGGUAGCUAUUUUAUGAUCCAUCGUCCAACCUCGAUUGUCUCUAACAUGUUUUAGGCUCUGAGCAAUCUUAUCCUCCCUUAUAUUUCAGAUCUCCUGGGUGGAAACCACUCAUUGGUGGACACACUGAAGAGGCUUCCGAUAUGGCCUGUUCUAUCGGGGCCUUUCCAACCCGCAGUAGAUCUAAAGUUAGCUCCCCAUACAAGUCUAGCUCUGACAACAAUUAUAGACCAAACCACCUUUUUGAAACCAGAACUAGCCUCCAGAUAUAGGGAUGAACUAAAGAAAUUAGGUGUUUCGCGGCUAUCCUACCUAGAUUUCCUAAAAAACGAGGUUGGCCUAACUCGCGGAUACCUACCAGCCAAAAAUAUUGGGGAGUACCGAAGAUUUAUCGAGAUAGUGCAUAAGGUGAACCCAAACAUAUUUCAAUCCUACAACCUGGCUGUGAAUGGAGAUUACCGCUUCUGUUUGCCAAGUACACUCUACGACUCUUCGGUACCUUUGCUCGAAGCAGCGUUCCGAGACCAACGGAGUUCAAGAUUCCUGCACCCAGAAUUAGCCGGGUUGGAUGUUUGGAGUGACUUCUUGAUCAAAAAUGUCUCGCGGGCGAUAUACAUGGAGUGCACUGGAUCGAUUUGGCGGCGAAAUAACCAUAAAAAUCCGGACGAUCAAAUCAAAUCCGAUUCGCGUGUUGUGUUUGGUCGCUCCCCCUGGUCUAUAUGGAGGGGCCUCCGCAAAAUGCGCUUCGUACCUGUUCAAGAGGCUACUGCAUUGCCGGACCAGUCAAAAUUAAGGGGUCAACACCGGGUGAAAUUCUGGCAGCGGAAUAAGCGCACAGCAACUUCAGAAGCGGUGGACCCAAAACACGAGAGGAUCUCAUGGGGGCAAAAGCUAGUGCGUUGGAGAGAAAUGGGUUCACUGGCUUUUAGGAGGAUAACAUCCGUGAAACCGACGAUUACACCAAAGACAAUGAUAGGACAUCUCGAAUUCCUUGCAGCACACCGUGAAGAAAUAACCGAGCAAGAGCUUCCAACACGUAUCUCCGAAAUUAAGAAGGCCUAUAGAUACCUUGAGAAAAAGAUACCCACAUACACUAUCCAACAGAGUGCGCCAAUCUGGCUCAACGUCGAGAACGAAGACCUAGGGACGAUGACACUAGAAACCUUCCGAAAAUCUUGGUUGUGUAGCACGGAUCUGUGCUUAGAUGUCAACUACGACCCUGGGAAAGCUAAGCAUGUCCGCUCCUUCUUAGACCGCUUCCGCCGGCUCUUGCUCCAUGCCAACGUAUCUGCAAUAAUACUCCCUCCCUCCGUCCCCGAACCCCCUACAAUGAAGUCCCCAAUCCCCCUAGGCAUCCUCAAUCUCCGUGAACAGGAACUACUCUCGGACAUCACGAUAACUGCUCCUCUUCGGACUUUCAAGGCACACAAAAUUGUUCUAGCUUCCGUAUCAGAUUACUGGAGAGCCAUGUUCACAGAAUCAUCCGCUGCCGAGGUCUCACUUCAGGAUGACCCUGGGACGAUCAAUGUCCUGCUCGAUUACAUUUACACUAACACUUUCAUCAAGCCCUCAUAUGAAGAAAAUGUUACAAGCCAACUUGAAAACUUACUCGACCAGCUAGAGAAGUCGGAGAAGUGGCUCCUGCCAAGCUUCAAGCAUUCCAUGGAGCAUUUCUUGUCGGACGCCCACUGGAUCCGCCCUGAGACGGUCAAGUCCAUAUUGAGAAGGUCUGAGAUGUGCAACGCAAAUCAGCUUGCUUGUUUUUGCAAGAAGUACAUUGAGAAUAACAGGGCGGUUGUUGAGAGGGAGGCGCCUGAGGAGGAAUAAGAGUUGCAGGGCUCUAGACCCCGUAUUUUUCAGGAACCCUCCUUCCCGUUUGUUUCGUUCAUUAUUUCUUCCUCUCUCUUCAUUCUAUACCCUAACCCUCUUUAUGGUUAGUGUAUAGCAUAGGACGGUGUCAUGAUUUCAUUUUUUUGUCUUCCCCCGGUUUUUGAUUUUGAUUUUGGGCUUGUUUCCUUGUUCCCCUUUUCCAGUAGAGUUGGUUUUGCUAUUUGGUCCUCUUUUUAUGAUACACUAUUAUUAUACAACAUAAGUUGGUGAAUCACAUUCUCAAGCUAAGAGAUCCGCGGAAUAUGGAGUCAGGAUUUUUCACAAAGUAUCAUAUCAUAACACUUCUUGGUUGGCUGCCUCCUGGGAAAGACAUCCUGCAGUAAAGGUCCACAGAAACCCUACCCUAAAGGCUACCCCUCACUCGGACGGACUCCU